AUUCGAAGCAAAGCAACUAUGGCUGUUGAGGAACCAGAAACUAAGGGUGGACAUCUUCCUGCUGAGAAAGUUGGAGGACGAAGAAUUGUCACCAAGAAAGAUCGUCGUCAAUCUGAGACGGAACAGCCGUCUUCGGAUAAUUCUGACGAUAAUCACGAGUUGGUAGAACGAGAUAGCACAUUGCCAGCACAGAUGGAAAAAAGCUACCCAACGGGUUCUGUGAAACAGGCGCAUGAGAAACCACAUCCAGCACAUCAACCUCAUUAUUCUAAUCCUCCAGCUCAGCAUAGUCAAAAUCUUUUCCAACCCAGAAAGCAAAACUAG